AUGCCCGCUCCCACCGCCCUCAAGAAGGCGCAGGAUGCCCCACCUGCCGCCGCCGACAUCCCGCUCCCCGAAGCCGAUUUCGACGAAGACCUCAUCCUCCAGACCAACGAUACCUUGCCUGCCCUAGAUCUCAUGGCUGUAGACGCCGAUGCUUCUGUGGCGGAAGAUGCUGUUGACGAAGAAGGCCGACCCAAGUUUGCCCCGGCGAAGGAUCUUUCCAUGGCCGCCCGCGUUCAGAACCGCCAGGUCCGGAUACCGCCUCAUCGAAUGACUCCCCUCAAGUCCCAGUGGCCUCGCAUCUACCCUCCCUUAGUCGAACACCUCAAGCUCCAGGUCCGCAUGAACGUGAAGCGCAAGGCCGUCGAGCUGAGAACUAGCAAGCAUACCACCGAUCCCGAGGCUAUUCAGAGGGGCGUGGAUUUCCUCACGGCGUUUGUGUGUGGGUUUGAUGUCGACGAUGCUAUUGCGCUUCUGAGGCUGGACGACCUCUAUAUUGAAACCUUUGAGGUCAAGGAUGUGAAGACUUUGCAGGGAGAUCACCUUGCCCGCGCUAUCGGCCGUAUCGCCGGCAAGGAUGGUAAGACGAAGUUCGCGAUCGAGAACGCCACGAGGACCCGUAUUGUACUAGCAGAUACCAAGAUCCACAUCCUCGGUGGAUACAAGAACGUCCAAAUCGCCCGUGCCUCCGUCUGCAACCUCAUUCUCGGCAAGCAGCCCGGCAAGGUGUACAACUCCCUCAGGGCCGUGGCCGCGAGGAUGAAGGAGAGGUUCUAA